AUGGCCAAGUUUGCUGAUUGUGAGGCUUGGGAUGACAGCAUAGGCUCAGCCGCUCUGAAGUUGCUGGCGAUCCGCGUGUCCCAAGCGGGGGACCAUUAUUUUGGGCGCAGACGUUCCAGCGAGCAGGAGAUACACCAGCGAAGGAUUUGUGCAGCCAGACAAGCGAAUGCAAGAAAUAAAGCAAUCAAUGCAGAGGCACGAAAUGAGGCAACGCGAAUGCAACGUGUAGGGAAGGUCCUGCAUUCCGCUCUCUGCAUCCACGAGUUCGUGCGGACACCCAAAUUGCAAUCAUCCAGGAUCCCCAACUACGUGGUCCAAAAUCCUAAUCUCACAACGGAGUCAGUAAGUAGUGCAGAACCAACCCUCCUACCCUCAUAA